AAGAUCAACAUGUAAUUAUUUUCGGGGUUCCAGUGUGGCUUCGUCAGGCUCCCAUCAUGGAGGACAUAGAAAAGGAAAAAGAAUAAGAAUCAUAGUACAAAAUAAAAAUUCUGUGAUAAGACCUUUGGGAAUUUAGUAAUAGCAACGAACAUAUGGGGAAGUUUCGAGACAAAGAAAGUAGAACGCAGAAAUUGAGUUGGGUUCCGCUCCACGGCGAUGACCGCCAAUCAGUACUUAAACCUCCAGUUCGUUCCAGCUUCCGUCAACCAUGGUGUUCCAGUGCCUCUCUCUCCAACCUGACCCAGUCUCCUCUCUCUGACUCACCCUUUUCAUUUAUCUCUUUCUUCUCUCUGGCAACGGCAGUGGUGCAUGGCUUUGGUGGUCUGGGUUGGUUGUGGAUCGUGGUUAUGGUGGUUGUUUGUGGUGGUUGUUGGUUGCCGGUGAUGGGUUCUGGUUUGUUGUGGGUAUUUUGGUGGUGGUGGAUUCCGAUCUGUGGUGCGUUUUGAGUUUCUUUAUUUGGGUUUUGUGGUCGGUGGUUGUUUAAGGUGGUGGUGGUGGUGGGUCUGAUUUGGGGUGGAUUUGAAAUGGAGGUGGUUAUGGGUUUUGAUCCAGGGUGGAUUUGCAGUGAGGUGGUUGUGGGUUACGAAGUGGUGAUUGGAAUUUUUGGGUUUGAGUUUUAUUGAUGUGGGUUUGGUUGGGUUUUAUUGCCGGUGGUGGUCACUGGGUUUUGUGGCCAGAGGUGGUUGCUGGGUUUAGUGGCCGGUGAUGGUGGUGGUGGGUUCCAAUAUGGAAUGAAUUUGCAAUGGGGGUGGUUUUGGGUUUUGAUGUCGUGGUGAGUUUUCUAUGUGUUGGAGGAUUUGGAUAUUGUUGGAGCAGAUUUGACUGGGUUUUGGUAUGGGUAGUAAAAUUGUGUUGUGGCUUUUGUUGUAGUUAAUCUGAAUGGUUGUGGCUAAUUUGAGGAGUGGUUAUGGCUGAUCUGAGGAGAGAGAGUGAGGGAAGAGUAACAGGGAGGGACAGAGAAAAGAGAGAGAAACUAACGGAGGUUAACGUUGUUUAGUGUUUAGGGACAAAAUAGUCUUUACGGACCAAAUUUGUCAAUUUUGGAGUGUCUUGGACCUGAUUGGAAUUAACCCAAACCUCAGGCUGAUUGGAUCCAAAUCUCCUUUCCACUCAUUGGUUUGGCGGGCUUCAAUUAUUGGAUUUGGAUCCACCUUGCACUGGUGCAAUUACUCUACUUCUUCUCACAUAAAUCAUUCUUAAUUUUUAACUUUAAUUUUUUAACUUUGUCAUUCUUAAUUUUUCAACUUUCAUUUUCAACCAUUUAGUGUUAUGGUAUCACGUGCAAUACCUACUUGCUAUUUCACCUUAUCUCAAUUGGUUUUGACUUUUGCACAGCUAAUCAGGAGGAAAAAAAAGGUUCAUUGACGCUGCCUGCGAGUUUGUUAUUUGCUUUGUGAAUCACUUUUUAAUAAUCUAUCUCCUCUUCCUGUUUCUUGUAUUAUCAAUCGGAAUUUCAGUUUCCAAGUAUGGCUGAGGGACUUGUUACUGAUCUCAUUAAGCAGUUGGUUUCAGUUGCUGCUCUGGAGGCAGAACAAGAGAUAAGGUUGGUCGUCGGCGUUGACGAAGAAGUUGAAAAGCUUAAAGGCAAUCUACAAACAGUGACGGCGGUCCUCAAUGAUGCUGAGAAAAGACAAGUUACUGAGGAAACCGUGAAGCUUUGGUUAGAAAAGCUCAAGGAUGCAUGCUACAAGAUGAAUGAUGUGAUAGAUGAGUGGAACACUGUAAUGAUCAAAUCAACCAUUAAGAAAGAAGAAGAAAAUGUUGAUAAUGCUCAUCCUGUUAUGAAGAAGAAGGUACGUUCCUUCAUUAUCCCCUCUCCUUCAUGUUGUUUCCAUGAAGUUGAUAAACUUGUUAUGCGUCACGAUAUUGCUCAAAAGAUAAAAGAUUUGAAUAGAAAAUUAGAUGAAAUUGUCAAAGAGAAAGAUAGGUACCAGUUUAAGUUAACUAAUGACCCUGCCCCUGAAGUAGUUAAUCGACCAACAACUACCUCCUUUGUUGAUGUGUCCGAAAUAUUUGGUCGUGAAAACGUUAAGAAUAAUCUAGUGAGGAUCCUAUUGGGGAAAGGAGGUGAAGAAGAAAGAAGGCCCCGUGUCAUCUCUUUAGUGGGCAUGGGCGGACUUGGAAAAACUACUCUUGCCCAACUAGCCUACAAUGAUCCUAAGGUGCAAGACCAUUUUGAGAUAAAAGUUUGGGUUUGUGUUUCUGAUCCUUUUGAUAAAUGCAAGGUGGCGAAAGAAAUCCUUGAAUCUAUUGAGAGUCAAUCCCCCAAAUUGACUACAUUGCAAAGUCUAUUAGAUAGAAUUUGUGCUAACAUUGCAAACAAGAAGUUCCUUCUUGUCUUAGAUGAUGUCUGGGCUGAAGACUAUACGAUGUGGGAUCAAUUCAAAGUUGCAUUCAAAUGUGUUGCCCUAAGCAGUAAAAUUAUAGUCACCACACGUAAAAGCAGAGUUGCGGAAAUGAUGGGAAGUGUGAGCAUGAUCAAUUUGAGUGAAUUGUCUAACUUAGACUGUUGGUUGAUAUUUAGUAAAAUAGCAUUUCUAGAUAAGGAUCCUGAGCAAUGUGAACAACUUGAAGACAUUGGUAGGCAAAUAGCAAAGAGAUGCAAAGGCUUGCCACUUGCUGCAAAGACUCUAGGGAGUCUCAUGCGCUUCAAGAAAAGUAGAGAAGAAUGGAAGACUGUCUUGAAUAGCAAUUUGUGGGAAUUAGAAGAUGUUGAAAAAGGUCUUUUUGCGUCAUUGUUACUAAGUUAUUAUGAUUUGUCCUCACCAUUGAAACAAUGUUUCUCAUAUUGUGCUAUCUUGCCAAAAGGUUAUCCCUUUUCUAGUGAUGAUUUGGUAUUUAUGUGGAUGGCACAAGGAUAUAUUCCUUCAAAAUCAAAUAUGGAGAUGGAAGUCAUUGGAAGAGAAUACUUUGAAAAUCUAUUCAUACGCUCUUUCUUCCAAGCUUUUAAGGAAUAUCCGAAUGAUGACAAGAUAAAAAUAUGCAAAAUGCAUGACAUAGUGCAUGACUUUGCGCAAUUAAUGUCAAAAAAUGAAUGCUUCACGAUCAAUAGUGACAUAGAGUUGGAUUCAGCCAAAAAAGAAGACAUAGAGUUGGGAUUAGAUUUUAAAAAUGCUCGCCAUUUGUGGUUAGAAAUUUCUGGUGAGGCCCAAUUUUCUGUGUCCAAUAAUAGUGCAAAAAAUAUACGCACUCUCAUUCUUGUCAAUCACAAUGAUUAUGACUUAUCUAAUUUAUUCCAACAUUUUAGAUGUUUACGGACAUUAACUUUAGAUGGUAUGUUAAAGGAACUUCCAGAUGCAAUGGAAAAUUUCAUACAUUUAAGGUAUCUCAAUUUAGUUAAUUAUUGUGGGCUCCGAUUGCCUGAAACUAUUUGUAAUCUUUGCAAUUUACAAAUUUUGAAGAUCAUGAUUAGAGAUGUUAGGUUCAAUAAAUUACCGCAGGGGAUGAGUAAGCUAAUUAACCUAAGGCAUUUUAUUUUGGAUCACUCCUUUGGGGUAGAUUUUCCAAGAGGGAUUGGAAGAUUGAUUUCUUUGAGAACAUUAAGUCAUUUCUACGUAAGUAGUAAGGAUGACAGUAAAGGAUGUAAACUUGGAGAAUUAAAAAAUUUGAACCACCUUCAAGGGACUCUUCGAAUAAUCGGACUAGGGAAUGAGGAAGAUAUAAGUGGGGCCAAGAAUGCACAGCUCAAGAAGAAGAUAGGCCUUCAUACUUUGUCACUAUGGUUUGUCGGAUGGGAUUUUGAGGAUACAAGGAGGGAGUCCGAUGCAUUAGUUCUGAAUGCCUUAGAGUCACCUCCAGACUUGGAAUGUUUAAGCAUUGAAAUGUACCAGGCCACCACAAUGUCUCUUAAUUGGACGAUGUCCUUGACCAAAUUGAAAAUGCUUGAUAUCCGAUACACAUUUUUAGAGCAUAUGCCUUCUCUAGGAAAACUUCCAUUUCUCAAAUCAUUACACAUAAAGGUUGCGAAAUAUUUGAAAAAGGUAGGAAAUGAAUUUUUGGGAAUAGAAUCCGGAAAGAAGAAAGACAAUAUAAUUGUAUUCCCAAAUUUGAAAACUCUCACAUUUGACGAUUUAAGAGAGUGGGAAGAAUGGAUUGGGACUGGAGCAGAAGAAGAUGAAGAAGACUAUGUCGUUACCAUAAUGCCACAUCUUCAACAGUUGGAAAUUUGGAGUUGCCCAAAGCUAAAGUCAUUGCCAAACUUCCUUCAUACAACUCCAUUACAAAAUUUGGGGAUCUAUGACUGUCCAAUUGUCAAAGAACGUUGUGAAGGAGGGAUAGGAGAGGACUGGCACAAGAUUUCACACGUCCCAAACAUCAAUUUUGAUAUAAAACACGCUUUCCUUAAGGAUGUGAACGGUUAGAGUAUUACAACAAUAAGCAACAUUGAUACAAUGAUGGGUUGGUAUUACAUUUCGUGCUUGCUUUGUAGAAGGAAGGUCAAACCACAAUCAGGACCAUUUUGGUGUGCAAAA